AUGGCCGCACCCAUAUCAUCGUUACCCAUUGGCACAACUCCAGCCUCAUCUUUGGCUAAAGGCAGCCAGUGCUCGAGGAGAGCUUCCCGGGAACCAGAGAACGAGACACGCGUCCCUGUCAAUUCUGCAUCGGUACCGACUAUUAAUCUAGGCGGAAUCGAGACGAGCCAACACGAUCCUGAAAACCCUUCACAGCAUUCGGAAGGCUCCCCGGCCGGCGCGUUUACGAGAGCCGAUUCUGUAGUCGAUGCGUGGAAGUCUCCAGACGGGCUGAACCCUGAACACCUGUACACAAGAGGGCCCCCGCGGCUGUUCCAGCGAGGGUGUAGCAAUGGGGACAAGGGCGGUCUGUGCUUGGAGUUAUCGUACGAUUUCGCUCAAAAGAUGAAGGAGAAAGUCGAAACAGGUCGUCAUUUGCGCGGUUUGCGCGAAGCCAUGGCUCAGCGUACGGAGGACCUGUCAAAUGAGGAGAGUCGCAUCGGGAAGCUCCAAGCAGAGCAGCAGGAGAAGCUCCGGGAUUUGGAUGCAGUCCUCGAGCGGGACGACCGAGAGCCCACUCAAGACGAACUGCUGCAAGCUCGGGCACUUUCGACCGAUAUGGAUAACGCUUGCCAAGUACGCGCCGAUCUGCAAGCUGAGCGAGAGUAUUUACCCGAAUACCUGCAACGCUUCGGGGAUAUGUGGCUUGAUCUUGUACGACAAACAGAGGCCAUGGAGGCGGAUAUCCUUACGAGAUCUAAUCUUCUGCCGGAGUCGGAAGGCCAGAUCCAGCUGCCUUGGAAGAUCAAUCCUGAGAAGCCCAACCAGCCAUCAGUCAACCCCAACUAUGCCCAAUGGCCGCUCUCGGUACCUAAGACGGUCAAAAGCUGUUUGAAAAGCUCACCAGCACGAACACCCAGCCACCGUGAGCUCACACGCGCACGAAUUAAGAUGAAUGAGCGGUCUACGCGACAUAAAUGCCAAGCAGCCCUCGAGAAGCAUGAGGACUAUCGCAAAGGAUACGGGCGCAUGCUAGAACAAUACAUCAAUCAGCAAGCGAACCGCCCAGACGCCGACUUCCAAGCAGAGUUCUCUCGACAUUGGCUUGAAGGUUGGCGUCCCCUUAUCCGUGACCUCGACAAAGCUGAGAAGGCAUAUGUCAAAGCAACGGAAGAAGCUCGAGCUGCUAAUGUCACGAUUUAUGACCCUGAAGACGAUGAUGACCCCACCAUUGCAUACGACAUAGACUGGUGGGACCAAGCGACGAUAAAACAGCUCGACCGAGGUUACAUUGAGAGAUGGCAUGCUGGUGUUGCCGCUGGUGUCUAUGGUCCAGAGCAGCCUGCUGGGAAGGACGAAGCCGAGCUGGAAAGGCAGGCCAAGGCGCAUGGGCCGGGACAGUUCGCGGCGGAUGACCUGGAUGUGGCCGCAGCUACAGCUCCCAAGAUGCCCCCAGGCGAGCUUUCUGCCAUCAGAGUUGAGUCCACGAUGGCCCCGCCAGCUCUUUGUGCCCCAGAGGAAACGCCUACUUCAAUACAGAAGAUCGAACAGAUUCUCACCGACGUCCAGAGGGCUCUAAGUCGUGCCAGUGAGCCGACUAGCCAGCAAGCGAAUGGGCCCGGCCUAGUAGGACAAAGAGCAGAAGGCGAAGCUGCCAUGAACGACAACCAGCGGAAAACGAAGGGAAGUAGUAAUCUCGCCCCUAAUGAAAACCUUUUCGGUGCACGUGGUCAGGGAUCUCUAGCGGAGGCGACAAGGGAAACUUCGCCCUUGAACUCGCAGACUCCAACGGAUGCAAUCGCCGGAGAUCCCGCGAAGGUGGCCAAGACGUCAUCAAAACGUAAAAGGGCCGCGGUAGAGGAGGCGGUAGUGGUGGAGCCGCGAGAAAAGAAGCACAACGAGGAGAUGGAUUGGAAGUGGAAGAUGAAUCUUGAGGAAUACAUGGCGAAGUACAACAUCGAGCCGCCCCCAACUUCAAAGAAGAGGAAUCAGGAUUAUUUGCUCAGCAACCGCGACAUACUCAUCACCGACAGCGAGCGCGCCUACGGACGCAAGCGGAGACGCAUUGAUGAGUGGGGUAGCAAGGUUCGAUGCGGUGAUUGUUGA